AUGCAUCCCUCAAAUGUCCUGCUUGUUACAGUUGCUCUUCUUUUUGCAUCCCAUGUGACAAGUUCAGAGGAAGCAACGGAUGUCGUGUGGAGGGAACAUCUCGCAGAUGUUGUUAACAUAGAUCUUGUCAAUGAUACAUCUGAAAUUCUGAACCGUUUUACUGCUGUCGCAAGAACAGCUAUCCCUUACAUGAGAGACUGUGAUGAAAUGUUUCAAACAGGCCACACAAAGAGUGGUCUUUACAUUAUACGCCCUGACAACACCCGCAAACUUGUGGUCCAGUGCUACAUGGAUGGAUGCAAUGGGUGGACACUGAUCCAGCAGAACAGCUUCAACACUGAAAUCACUUGGUCAGAGACCUGGACAACCUACAAAUAUGGGUUUGGCAACUUGGAGGACGAUCACUGGCUAGGCAAUGAGUACAUCAGCCUUAUUACCCGACAGAAAUGGUACAAAGUCAGAAUUAAUUUAGUGGAUGCCAAUGGUAAUCAUAAGUAUGCAGAAUAUGACAGCUUUGUCUUAAGAGGCGAAGAUGAUGGUUAUAGGCUGGAGCUAGGGACAUUUGAAGGUAAUGCAGGGGAUCCUCUCACCUCCUCACAGACCAAGAGUAUGCAUGACAACAUGAGGUUUUCAUGUAAAGAUAAGGAUUUUGACAGAUCAACUAAACAGAAUUGUGCAGAUAACCAUGGUGGAGGGUGGUGGUAUGACUCCUGCUAUGAGGCACAGUUAAAUCGCAAAGGUGGUAUUCAUUGGGGCACUCUAUGUGAUGAGAACUGUAGGAAAUCAGUUAUAAUGCUGAAGCCCAUCCACAUGUAUUGUAGCAGGGUUUAG